AUGCUGGGAUGUGUUCCGCCGGCGUCAUCCCAGCGCUUUCUCCGGCGGACGCGACAUUGGAGGUUUGGCUAUGACCGUGAUGGUAACCGGCGGCACCGGAUUUAUCGGCAACCGCAUCAUUCGCAAGCUGGUGGAACGGGGCCAAGAUGUGCUUGUUCGACCUGCUCCCAGCGGGCUAACCUGCAACCCCUGCUGGACCGGAUUUCCAUCUACCGCGGCGACGUUACCCGCAUGGACCACCUGCUGGAAGCGAUCAACAGUCAUAAUGUGGACCGGAUCAUCCACAUGGCGGCCCUGUUGCCACCCGAUACCGAGGACCGGCCCGCUACCGGCAUGGCCGUCAACAUCGACGGCACCAACAACGUCUUCGAGGCAGCCCGCUGGGGCAAUAUCCAGCGCGUGGUGUAUGCCAGCAGCAUCGCGGUGUACGGUGUGCAGGACACCUUCGGCGACCGCCCCCUCACCGAGGACGACCUGGCCGCGCCCAUCAAUGUUUACGGCAUGACCAAGGCCGUCAACGACUUUGCCGCCGCCCGCUACCGCACCCUCCACGGCCUGGACAUUCGGGGCGUGCGCAUCUGCACCGUCUUCGGCCACGGGCGUGUCACCGGGAUGACCGGCAUGAUCGGUGGCCUGAUGAUGUCUUUGCCCGCCAUCGGCCAGCCGGUGGAGAUGAACUUCGAUCCCCGGGAAGCGUCGCCCAUGAUUCAUACCGAAGACGCUGCCGAGAUUUUCGUGCGCGUGGCACUUGCCGACCAACUGAGCCACCACAUUUACAUCAGUGGCGGAGAACUGGCCACCAUCGCCGACGUGGCCGAUAUCGUGCGUUCCUACAUCCCCGACGCCAGCAUCCGCACCGGCGACCGCCCGGUUCCCCACGUGUACCUGGUGGACAACAGCCGCAUGAUGGCUGAUGUUGGAUACGAGCUGCCGCCUCUGCGUAUGCGCGUUCUCGAUCACAUCAACGACGCUCGCGCCGAAGCCGGCCUGGAGCCGAUAUCGGGCUAUGUCCCCGGAGCCUUCGGACAGGGGGGCAAUGACCCCUCCUUCCUGCGGACGCUGGUGGAGCUGGGCGACAAAUACGAGUACGACUCCAUCUGGCUCAGCGACCGCAUUUGCAGCGAUCGCUUCAGCCUGGAACCCAUGGUCGCCCUGUCCCUGGUGGCCGGUUACUCCGAACGCCUUAAGUUCGGCACCAGCGUCCUCGCCCUGCCUCUGCGGAACCCGGUGGUUCUCGCCAAGCAAGUUGCCACGCUGGACUGGCUGUCUCAGGGCCGGUUCUUCCCCGCGGUCGGCCUGGGUCAGGAAGACCCCGACGAAUACGAAGCCUGCGGCGUGCCCAAGGCCGACCGCGCUCGCCGCACCGACGAGGCCAUUGGGCUGAUGCGCCGUCUGUGGCAGGAGGAAUACGUAACCCACGAGGGCGAUUUCUUCACCACCCACAACGUCUCGGUUACGCCCCGCACGAGGCUGGCGAAGCCAAAAUCCGAGCAGUUCGUCACCCGUCAGCGUCCCGACGCCCAUUUCACCGAAUAUUCGGCCGUCGGCACCUCGGAGCAGAUCGGUGAUUUCAUCGAACAAUAUGUGGACGCCGGCGGGUAUAAAUUCGUGAUUCGUCCCCUCUGCUCCGGCACCGAAUCCAUGGAGCAGCUGGAACAGGCUGGCGAGGAAAUCCUGCCCCGUUUCCAUGGCCCAUUGAGUAGCAACGCCUGA